CCUCCUCUCAAAACCCCACCCCCAGCCACCUCCGGCCUCUCCCGGGGUGGAUUGCUCCAGGAAGCACCAGAAGUGCUGAAUUACUUUUGUCUAGGAGCUCAAGUGAGGGCGAGUCCUGCGUCUGGUCCUGGUCCCGCUGAGUUGCAGCCAAGAACUGCAGAGUUCUAUUGGAAGGAGAAAGGAAAGUUGAGUCUUUGGACCAGGCAGAGUGACUGUCUGUCUGUCUGUCUGUGUCAGUCUCCGUCUCCCCCUGCCCGCCCAUGGCGUCACCCAGUGGUUCCGGCAAUGACUGCUCCCAUAUCAUCGAUCAUGACCAUGUCCCCGAAUUUGAGGUGGCCACCUGGAUCAAAAUCACCCUCUUCCUGGUGUACCUGAUCAUCUUCGUGGUGGGCAUCCUGGGGAACAGCAUCACCAUCCGCGUGACCCAGGUACUGCAGAAGAAAGGCUACCUGCAGAAGGAGGUGACGGAUCACAUGGUGAGCCUGGCAUGCUCCGACAUCUUGGUCUUCCUCAUUGGGAUGCCUAUGGAGUUCUACAGCAUCAUCUGGAACCCUCUGACCACGCCCAGCUACGCGCUGUCCUGUAAGCUUCACACGUUCCUCUUCGAAACCUGCAGCUAUGCCACGCUUCUCCACGUGCUGACGCUUAGCUUUGAGCGCUAUAUUGCCAUCUGUCACCCCUUCAGGUAUAAGGCUGUGUCGGGACCCUGCCAGGUGAAACUGCUGAUUGCCUUCGUCUGGGUCACGUCUGCCCUGGUGGCAUUGCCCCUGCUUUUUGCCAUGGGAAUCGAGUACCCCCUGGUGUAUGUGCCUGCUCACCGGGGCCUCACUUGCAACCGAUCCCGUACCCGCCACUGGGAGCAGCCUGAGUUUUCCAAUAUGUCCAUCUGCACCAAUCUAUCCAGCCGCUGGACCGUGUUCCAAUCCAGCAUCUUCGGCGCGUUUGUCCUCUACCUCCUGGUCCUGCUUUCUGUGGCCUUCAUGUGCUGGAACAUGAUGAAGGUGCUCAUGAGGAGCAAGCAGGGCACCAUGGCCGGGGCCGGGCAGGCGGUGCAGCUGAGAAAAUCGGAGAGCGCCGAGAGCCGGUCUGCCAGGCGGCAGACCAUCAUCUUCCUGAGGCUGAUUGUUGUGACGUUAGCUGUGUGCUGGAUGCCAAACCAGAUCCGCAGGAUCAUGGCUGCCGCCCAGCCCAAGCACGACUGGACCAAGUCCUACUUUCGGGCCUACAUGAUCCUGCUCCCCUUCUCGGACACCUUCUUCUACCUCAGCUCGGUGGUGAACCCGCUCCUGUACAACGUGUCCUCGCAGCAGUUCCGCAGGGUGUUCCGGCAGGUGCUGCGCUGCCGCCUGACGCUGCUCCACGCCAACCAGGAGAGACGCCUGCGCGCCCAGGAUAGCUCCUGCGCCAGCAGCGCACGCGCCACCCGCAGCCCGCUCCUCCUCUUCGCUUCCCAGCGCAAUUCCUCUGCAAGGAGACCUAAUAAGGUUUUCUUGAGCACAUUUCAGAGCCAGCCCAUGCCUGAAUCGAAGCCUCAGUCUCUGAGUGAGGAGGCAGCACAGCCCAACUUGGAGAUGAAGCCAGUCAGCUCUGCCGCAGAGAAUGGUUUCCAGGAGCACGAGGUCUGAAGGUCAAGAGAAUGGGACGUGGCCCUCCCUGCCAAGCAGCGUCACCCUCACAUGAGCUGCGCCCCCCUCAGGGACAUGGGGAAGCCAGAGGCUUCUCAGCAGGCAGGCGCUCACCUUGGUGGCUGCUAAGG